AUCUUUCCCUCUUUCUUUUCCGGUUGCGCUGCCAUCAGGAUAAACAUGGUUCAGCGUCUUACGUACCGCCGUAGGCUGUCCUACAAUACAGCCUCUAACAAAACAAGGCUGUCUCGAACCCCUGGUAACCGCAUCGUGUACCUGUAUACCAAGAAGGUGGGCAAAGCACCCAAGUCUGCCUGUGGCAUCUGCCCUGGAAGACUGCGUGGAGUACGUGCUGUUAGACCUCAGGUUCUGAUGAGGCUCUCAAAGACCAAGAAGCAUGUCAGCAGAGCUUAUGGUGGUUCCAUGUGUGCAAAAUGUGUGCGUGACAGAAUCAAACGUGCUUUCUUAAUUGAGGAGCAGAAGAUUGUUGUCAAAGUGCUGAAGGCACAGGCACAGAGCCAGAAGUCAAAGUAAAUGUCUGUAUUUGUAAUGCCACAAUAAAUAACUUUAAAAAAAUAA